AUGUUUGAUUUAAGGACAGAUAAAUGCAGGAUCGGAUACGAGGAGCAGAAGGAGUGGUAUUUCUUCAGCCACAAGGACAAGAAGUACCCAAGUGGGACGAGGAGCAACAGGGCCACCAUGGCCGGCUUUUGGAAGGCCACCGGUAGAGAUAAGGCCGUCUACACAGGAUCCAACCUCAUCGGCAUGCGCAAGACCCUCGUUUUCUACAAAGGAAGGGCACCAAACGGCCAAAAAACCGACUGGAUCAUGCACGAAUACAGGCUCCAAACACAACACAAUGACCCUCCACAGGAAGAGGGGUGGGUGGUAUGCCGGGUCUUCAUGAAGCGAUUAACGAGCCGACACCAGAUGAAGAAGGGCAAUGGCGUCCAAAGUAAACAAGAAUUCAUUAACCAAAAUCUACAUAACCUCCAAUCAGAUCAUGAAUUUGUGCAGGAGCUUCCCCAGCUCGAGAGUCCAUCCCUCCCUCCGCCAGUAAAAACAUCUCAUUCCAAUAAUAAUAAUAAUAAUAACCAAGAAGAUGAAUUAAGUCGUGAUCAUGGUAAAAGAUUAAAGAAAGUGAUGGAUUGGAGGGAGCUCGACAAAUUCGUGGCGUCUCAGCUGAGUCACGGGGAUGGACAACAUGAUCAGUUGUGCUUGGGCCAUAUGGAUUCCGGUUUGGGGUUGCUUCUGCUGCAAGGUGGUGGUGGGGAAGAGGCAGGGCCAUCAUCAAGCUUCACUCACAUUUCCACUUCAGAUUCUCAUAUUGGAAUAUGCAUAUUUAAUAAAUAA